CGCCAGUUCCACGACUUCCUCGCGCCACUCUUUCUCGGUCCGCCGGUCUCCUCCGGAGAGCUCGCCCUCACCACCACGCCGCCGCCUCCUGGUCGCUGGACUGGACGACGCCUCCGGGAAGCUCCUCCCGCCUCCACGCCUAGUCACAGGACCCGCCCACACGGUCUUCCCGGCGAGCAGCGGCGGCCAGCAAGCCCACCCAGGCGUCGAGCCCUGCCUCUUCCUCUUUGCUUGCUCUUCUACGUCUCGCAUUUCCUAUCACUGACUAACUUCCUACGACCAAACAGGCCGUGAAUCCAACGCCGGUCGAAGAUGUCGUCGCAUCCAGGCGACCUGCAGCUCAUGGACGGCCCAGUGCUCAUCCAGCACGGCGACAAGGACGACCUGCUUAUCGACGUCCCGGAGCCCGUCCAGCAGGACGACGAUGACGACGACAAGGACCACCUGCUGCUGGCCCGGACCAAGAGGUGGAUAAAGGAGAUGCGGGUGGGGCUGAUGCUGCUGGCGACCAUCCUGGCGUCGCUGGCCUACCUGUCCGUCCCGUACCCCCCGGGCGGGUUGUUCUGGAGAGAGGACAAAGCCGGGCCAUACCCAUACGGGCACGACGCCGGCGACCCGGUGCUGCCCGGCCAUCCCAUUUUCAAGUCGCUUAGCACCGUGGCCUUCCUGACCUCACUGCUGCUGGUCUCCAGCGAGUGCUUCUACCGAACGUGGGACAGGGUGGCAGGGCUGCUGCUCCUCGCUCUCCUCGACCUCGCCUGCCUUGUUGGCGCCUACGUUGUCGGCGCCAGUCCGAAUGGCUGGGGCUGGUUCAUCAUCGUCGUAUUCCCCUGCACCGUCGUCGCCUGCAGUUUCCUCUUCUUCUCCGUCCCCUUCAUCGGACGGGUAAUAUGGAUGCUACUGCGGUUCCUGCGUCGUCUCGCCAGGCUCUGGUGGUGACCAGCAUGGAGAGAGCGGCAAGGAGCGGGCGCUGUGGGUCAUCUUCCGGCCAUUCCUCGCAGAUCAAGUCGUAGGCAUCGUUCGCUGCUAGUAAUCUACAUUAUUCUCUGGCUCGGCAAUGGCUCUAGGAUUAGUGCAAUCGUAUGUUGUCGUAGUAGGAUUUAGUCCAUGUAGCUAAGAAGCGAAUGUCUGUCUGUACGUAGAUGAUCAAGGGUGCCACCCCGGUCUGUUUUAGGCUGCGUUUGGCAGCAAAGUUU